AAUCAAAGUAGUGUUUCAUCUAGCGCUAUUUAGCCUGGCGCAGCGCCAGGCCCUUUUAAGCCCCGCCCACUUGCCCUAACUGCCGCCCGAAACUCUUAAAGUGCCCUUUUUUCACUCCGCCCACCCGUUAAUUGCCGACAUUAGCAGCCUUAAUUAAUCCGUUACACAUGUCAUGUAUACUGUAGUAUGCCCUUAGGCGUGUAUCGAAAAGUCGGUCGAUACGGUAGUAAAUAUCAGCUGACAAGUGUGGUGUGUAUUGAUCACAGCACGCGCUGUGUUAAACGUGUUUAAAGUGGAGCAAUAAUUAUACAUAAGUAGCGGCGAGUUGAAUAUUUGUUGUGUAUGAUAAACGUUUUGUUUUCACGAGUGAGUGAAUCAAUUACAUUAUGGAAUGGAUUAAUUAAUGUGAAUGAGAAAGGAUUAAAGACGUUUUACGGUUUACGAUAUUAAUUAAUUACUGUGUUAGAAAACUUGUUAUUCGCAAAGAAGAUUUGAAAAUAACUGACGACGUAAUUAAUGCGGCGUGGAUCUAAAACGUAAUUGGAAUCAAUUUCCAGCACCAAUACAGGCACAGAGGUUGCAACAGAAACUACUGUUACGGAAACGUCAGUACCACAGAACAGGAAAAUCCUGAAACCCCACAAGACUGGUAGUGAUAAAGCCAAGCACAAAGUAGGGUUUGACCGUAGCUGGACUCUGGAGCGUCCCUGGUUAUUACACAAAGUUGACACUGACAAUGAAGGAAAUAAAGUGGAGGUUAUGUUAUGUGAGUUGUGUAGUAAACAUAAGACUCAAGGAAGAAAUGGGAAUUCUGUCUGGAUCACGACUGGUUGUAAAAGUCUGCGCCUUGACAGAGUAACCGACCACGAGAGGUCAGGUCAGCACAAGGAUGCGGUGAAACUAGAAACUGAAGAUCAAAUGACAAUUGAGAAUUCAUUCAAUGAAAAAACUCCACUAGGUGACAAGGAAUUUGAAGCUGUCGUGUAUGCGUCAAAAGUGGUACAUUUCUUAGUGAAACAUAACAUUCCACACACAACUGUGUAUGAGGACUUCAUUGACUUCGCUAUUAAUGAACUGAAAAGUCCGGUACUAGCCAACCUUUCCAAAGGCAAAAAUGCCACGUACAAAAGUCAUGCCACAGCAGAGGAACUGCUAACAGCUAUGUCCGAUGACAUUCAAGAGACUGUGAAACAGAAUAUCAAACAAAGUCACGCGUACUCCGUCCUCACUGAUGAGGCGACUGAUGUAUCUAACAAGAAACAUCUUGCGUUUUGUAUACAGUAUGCAAACGGAUGCCUGUACACUGUUUUGUAUACUAAGUGUGAGUCCUUGGACCUUAAGUCCUUGCGACGUUUGACCUGUCGUCAACACAUAUGUAAAAUAUUUGAAAUUAGAUGCUUUUAAUGUACACUGUUUUGCAUACUAAGUGUGAGUCCUUGGACCUUAAGUCCUUGCGACGUCUGACCUGU